AUGAGGCCGGUCGUACUCCUACUGUUGCUGCACGCAUGUCUACUAUCUUCGCAUCGCCUCGCCGCGGCGCGCAUCUCGCCUCUCGCCGAAGCGGACGGCGCCGCAAGUAGCCGCAGCCGUCGCGAGCUGCAAGCGUCGUGCCCCGCGGGCGUGGUGUGUCCGGCUGGCGCGUCGUGCGUGGUGGACGGCAGCGGCUUCCCUUUCUGCAAGUGCGCGGCGGGGCAGGCCAUCAUCAACGGCGUGUGCGCGCCGGCCGCCAGCUGGGCCACCGUCGGCACCAACGUGGUGCUCUACAACCGCGCGUCGUACACCAACUUCCCGAAAACACUCGCGCCAGCCGUGCUUCGCGGCGCGGCGCCGAACACGAGUGCGUGCGUGAACCUGCCGGCGGCGUUCAACGGGUCGGUGGGAUCGCUGCGCAUCAUGUGGAACGUGAACGACGGCGUGGCGAACCACCUGGUGUGCGGCAAACUGUUUUUCUGGGACAAACCCAACUGCUGCUGCUCCGGGUCGGGUUAUCAGAUCCCCGGCGGGUGGACGACCGUCGACCCCAACAAGUUCACCUACACCACCACCAGCGUCAAGUCGGCGAGCGGCAUUAUUCUGAAGGCGAGGUCCAUCUCGUGCCAGGCCGCCAUCGCCACCAACACGUACCCCUGCGCCACCAAGACCUGCCCCGUCAACGCCGCGUGCUCCGUGGUCAACGGUGCCGCCGUGUGCACGUGCAACGCUGGAUACAGCAUGGUCAACGGGCAAUGCGUUGCAACAACGUCCAACCCGUGCACAGGGUACAGCUGUCCCGCCAACUCAGCAUGCUCCAACGUCAAUGGCGUUGCCACGUGCACGUGCAAUACUGGUUACCAGAUGGUCAACGGCCAGUGCGUUGUGCCCAACCCGUGCACGGGGUACACCUGUCCCGCCAACUCAGCAUGCUCAAAUGUCAAUGGCGUUGCCACGUGCACGUGCAAUACCGGAUACCAGAUGGUCAACGGCCAGUGCGUUGUGCCCAACCCGUGCACAGGGUACAGCUGUCCCGCCAACUCAGCAUGCUCCAACGUCAAUGGUGUCGCCACGUGCACGUGCAAUACUGGUUACCAGAUGGUCAACGGCCAGUGCGUUGUGCCCAACCCGUGCACGGGGUACAGCUGUCCCGCCAACUCAGCAUGCUCCAAUGUCAAUGGCGUCGCCACGUGCACGUGCAAUACUGGUUACCAGAUGGUCAACGGCCAGUGCGUUGUGCCCAACCCAUGCACGGGGUACACCUGUCCCGCCAACUCAGCAUGCUCCAACGUUAAUGGCGUCGCCACGUGCACGUGCAAUACUGGUUACCAGAUGGUCAACGGCCAGUGCGUUGGUGAGUCAACUGCCUUCCCUCACUCUGCAAACCCCCACCUCUCCUUCUCCCUCUCCCCCUGCUUCCAACGCCUCCCCCUCUCUGUAUCUCUCCUCCUCACUCCCUCCCUCUCGACCAUUUGCCCCUUCGUCCCACCUUCUCCGCUCUUCUCAGUCAUAACUUUUUUUCUCUGUCCCGCCAACUCAGCAUGCACGAAUGUCAACGGCGUUGCCACGUGCACGUGCAGCACCGGCUACCAGAUGACCGCCGGCCAGUGCGUUGGUGAGUUAAUCUCCUCGCUCCCCACGGCCAUGCCAGCACUGCGUGUUGCUUACACUUGCCACUCUCACAUGCUCGUAGACCCUUCUCCUCCCAUCACCCAUCCCCACCAACCCCUCGUUUCGCCCUCCUCCUCGUUUCGCCCUCCCCCUCGUUUCGCCCUCCCCCUGGUCCGGCUGGUGUGUGCAGCAAUCACUGACGCGUGUCUGACUACCACGUGUCCCGCCAAGGCCACGUGCAGCAGCGUGAAUGGAGUGGCCACGUGUGUGUGCGCCGUGGGCUACACCAUGGUCUCCGGCGCCUGCCAGCGUACGCCCAUCGCCUCUCCCCUCCUCGCCCCCCUCACCCUCUCCCCACCUCGGCCCCCUCGCCCCUCUAACCCGUGUCGUCCCUCUCGCCCCUCGCUCCUUUUCUCCCUCACCCGCCCGGCCCCCUUGCCUUUUCUCCUGACUUUCCACCUCUCCUCACUCUCCACCUCUCCUCACUCUCCACCUCUCCUCACUCUCCACCUCUCCUCACUCUCCACCUCUCCUCACUCUCCACCUCUCCUCACUCUCCACCUCUCCUCACUCUCCACCUCUCCUCACUCUACACCUCUCCUCACUCUCCACCUCUCCUCACUCUCCACCUCUCCUCACUCUCCACCUCUCCUCACUCUCCACCUCUCCUCACCCUCCACCUCUCCUCACCCUCCACCUCUCCUCACUCUCCACCUCUCCUCACUCUCCACCUCUCCUCACUCUCCACCUCUCCUCACUCUCCACCUCUCCUCACUCUCCACCUCUCCUCACUCUCCACCUCUCCUCACUCUCCACCUCUCCUCACUCUCCACCUCUCCUCACUCUCCACCUCUGCCUCGCCCUCGCCCACCCACUCGCCUGCCUGCUGCCUCGCCCUCGCCCACCCUGCCGCUGCCUGGCUCGCCAGCAUACCCCUUGACUGCCAUGCGCACUGCUCCCCUCCCCUCCUCACCCCCCUCCAACUGCACGUGCUCCGCCGCCAAUGGCAUUGCCAAGUGCGCCUGCGCUGACCUGUGCUACGGGGUGAGGUGCCCCGACGUCUCCAAGUGCACCUACAUGCUCGGCGCGCCCGUCUGCACGUGCCCUCCACCCUACACGCGCCUCAUUGACAACAAGUGCUCCAACGCGACGCUGGCCUUUUCCAACUAUCUGGACAACCACAAUGCGGCGAGGGCAGCUGUGGGCGCCGUCCCCCUGGUGUGGAACGCCACCCUGGCAACGAGGGCGCAGGCGUGGGCGACAGCGCUGACGAACAGCACGUACAACUGCGGGCUGUCGCACGGCGGCAACAGCGGCGAGGGGCAGAACCUCUCAGGCGCCAGCCCUUCUGGGUGGGCGUCAGAUGCAGCGGCUGUGAGCUGGUGGGUGGGCGAGGGCGACCUCUACUCGUACGCCGUCUUCUCUGGCGGCUGCAGCACCGGCAACUGGGCCGACUGUGGCCACUACACCCAGCUGUGCCUCGUCGGUCAUCUGCUCCCUCGUUCCUCUUCCCUGCAGGUCAUUUGGAACAACACGCGCACCGUGGGCUGUGCCAAGGCGUCGUGCGGCACCAAGUCGGACGUGUGGGCGUGCCACUACUACCCGCCCGGCAACUAUGGCGGCCAGCUGCCCUACGUGCAAGACCCGUGCUACCGGGUGGCAUGCCCAUCCACGGCCACAUGCACAGUGCGGUACGGGCAGCCCAUGUGUGUGUGUGGGGCGGGGCAGGUGCUCGUCAACAACGCCACGUGCCAGCCCGACCCGUGCGCCAGCGGCACCACCACGUGCCCCGGCAACCUCGUCUGUGACGGCUCCUCCGGCUCCGCCCAGUGCGCCUGCCCCACCGGCCUCGUGCCCAUCACCUCCGACACCUGCGUCCCGCCGGCGUGUGUGGGGGCGGUGUGCCCAGCACAGGCGACAUGUGCAGUGGACGGGAGUGGGUACCCGUUCUGCCAGUGCCCCACGGGGUGGUACUUGGGCAGCAACGUGUGUGUGCAGGGCACGCCCGCAGCUGUGGCAGCCACGAGCCUGGCCAUCUACAACACGGCGUCCUACACCAGCACGGCCCCCGCGCUGGGCCCCACGCUCGUGCGCACAGGGCUGCCCGCCAACUCGUCACGCGGCAGCUGUGUGGACAUCCCCGGCGGCAUUGCGGCGGCGUCGCUGCGCGUGCUGUGGAACGUGCCGGACAGCACGGGGGCGCCCAAGCAGUCGUGCGGGCUGCUCUGGUUCUGGACCAGCGCCUCCUGCUACGGCUCCGCCACCGGCUACUACCGCCCCGCUGGCGAUGUCACCAACUUCGCGUCAGUGCCCCGCCCCCCGCCCCUGCCCCGCCUGUGCUUCCUUUCUCUCAAUACUUGCAGCAUGCUGUCGUUCUCCUGUGGUGCCUUUCUCACACUCAUCGCUCUCUGCUGUGCUGUUUCCCCUCUCUGUGCAUGCAGCACCACGUCGGGCAAUGUGGCCCUCGUCAAGGCCGUUGCCUGCGCCAUCUGA